AUGAAGAAGAGCGACUAGCAAUAAACAACAUAGCCUUAAACAUAGACUAUAAUUUUUUCAAACUAUACUAACAAUAUCCGGCCUUAGAUUUAGCCAGGUACCUACCCUGAGAUAGACUGCGUAACUGACACUGGGUCAAUAUUUGAUAAAGACAUCUUGCCUAUAAAUAAAAAUUUAACUAUUUAGCAAGAGCCUAGAAGCAAUUAAAUAAUUGGUAGUUCCACUAUAAACCACUAAAAUGGUUUUUCUUAAAAAAAGAAAAAGGUAAAUAAAAGAAUAAUGGUUAAUGGAGAAAAUGACUAGAUAAGAAUAAGCAGUAGAAUAUUGCCAUAAGUUAGAGCUUAAACUUUAUCUCCUGAAAAUGGUGGGGCUUCUUUAAUAAAUUAUUACAAUAAGUCAUAGCCAGUAGAAACUAAUUCGUUGAAACAACUCAAGAGUAGUUUUAGAUAAAAUUAAAGUAAUAAUUCUACAAUCAAGUUUAACAAAGUUCAAUCAUUAAAAGAAUUGAACACAUAGAAUAACUUGAAUUCUCAAAUUAAUGUAAGGGCUAGUCUUAAGCAACUUAUUUAGUCUAACUAGUAAACUUAGGCUUAACUCUCUGAAAUAGCUAAUAGUUUCAAAGCUGGAUAAAAGCAAUAAUUGAUUUAGACUUAAAAACGUCAGAAAAAUAGAUUUAUUUAAAAGAUCAGCUCAUAAAAGGAACUAAGCAAUCCAUAAAACUAUAAAAUUGUAACAAUUCCAGUUAAAUCUGAAAUAAAAUAAUAAUAGGAAAAGAUUAGUAUUGUAGAAACUGUAGUUGUUAAUUAGCCGAAUACAAUUGGAAUAUAAAAUCAUACUGAAUCAAUGAAAUCAUCUGGAGUCAGUCAAGUUUAAUCUUCAUCUAGGUCUAUUGUUCCUAAACUAAACCUAGAAAAGGUAAUGCAGCUCAAAAAAAUAUUUAGUCCUGAUAUAUAAGCUGCUAAGGUAGGGGGUAAUGGCAAAUAAGGUUUCUCAGAAAAGAUUGAAGAACUUAAAUAAGAAGAAGACUUUAUUACUUAAUAAGAUAUUAUGCUAGCUAAUGAAGAGAUCUAAAAGCUAAAGAAUGAGAUUAGCUAAAAGAAUCUGAUUUUAAGUUAACUACUUGCAGACAGUUCAGAGAAUUAGAAAUACAAGAAAGUUGUACAGAGUAGUAGCCCACCAAAAUUUAGACUAAAUGCUUAAGCUUAAUUACCAGUGAAAAUAAAGCAAUUUAAUCAAAAUAAUUUCAAUGCAAUUAGAUAAGAAAUCAGCCCAGAAGAGAUGAGAGAUGGAACUGCUUUUAGUAAAAACAAGAAUAAUAAAACUAUGAAAAGUGGGGUAUAAAAGCAGUAGAAGUUAAUAAACUAGAAAAGAAUUUAAGGAAGGAAUGGUGGUAUCCUUUAAUCUUAAAAAUAUGAUAACAACUCUGAUGAAAGUAGCAAAAGUUUAGCAUACAGAGGGGUAACCGAGAGGAUAGAUUCAAAGGGAAAUGUUGAACGAUAAAAAAAAUUAAUUGAGUAUAGCCCUGAGAUUAAGAAUAAUUUCUUUGAAGAAUCAUUCUACAAAGAAAAGAUGAAAUCAAGACAGAAGCCAUAAAAUUUGAAACUUAUCAAUAAUAAUCAUAGAAGAAAUGAUUCAAAAAACUUAGGCAAGCAGUAAUCGAAUCUUAUAUAAGAACCUACAAACAUAAAGAACAAGAGAAAUUCAAUCUUUAGUAAAAAUGAAGAAUUAAGAUAAGAUUGGGAGAGAAAAAAUAUGCUGUAAAAGCAGGAGCAAAUUAAGAAUACUCUUGAGCUCAUUUAAGGCAAUCUUAAUAUGAUAAAAGGAUUCAAAGGAAGUGAAAGCAGAUCAAACUCAAGAAAACCUAGAUAAUUGGAGCCAUUAAAUAUAAAUCAAAAUAAUAAUAUUCAAAUUCAAUUAAAUCUGAAUUUCCCUAAGAUAUAGAUUCCAACUAAUUUAGAUCCGUAAAGAAGAGCCUUCAAGAAUUCCAAAAGUCCUCCAAUUGUUCUUAGGAGAGAUUAAAUUAAAAUAUUCAAAAAUCCUGUUGAUCCAAAUAUCAUAAUUCAAAAAAUUAAUGCUUAAGAAGCUGUAUAGAAUAAGGAGCUAAUUGAAUGUCUACAAAAGGAUUUUGAAGGUAUAGAAAGUAGAAUCAGAGAAUCCCUAUACUCAUUAGAUUCGUUGAGAGCUUAGCCAAAUGAAGAAAAAUCUUCUGGAAGGACACCGAAUGAUAUAAAUUAGAAGGCUAUGAAAAUGAGCUAGGUCUCUUCAGCAUUUCCAGAUAUAAAUACUAAAUCAAUACAUACCUAAAGUUCCCAUAGACAAAAAGAUUAUCAUAAUCCAGUUUAUGAAAUAUUGCCAAAUCAUCACUUCGACGAGAAAAUAAAUAUUUAUAACAGUUCCCUCAACUCAAAUCCCAAGAAAAGCAAAAUAUCUUAAAACACUGCUUAAAAUUUCAAUAGGAAUGUGGGAUCUAGAAGCAUGCCUGAGAUUACUCCAAGAGAUAUUCAAUUCAGAAGAGACAAAGGUUACAAGCCUAGCUUUAACAGGCAGCACAAGUUCGAUGAGAAAAAGAUAAUUGUGAAUCCAGAACUAAGAGAUAUGGAAUAAAAAGAUCGGGAGAUAAACUAGCCUAUCUAACUUAAAAAGAUACUCAAUCACGGAAAAAUCUCAGAUAGGGUAAAGAACAGAAACAUCAAUCCAAAUGAGAGAGACGAAGAGAUUUGCAAUUUUGAAAUGAUGGACAAUCCUCCUCCGAUCAAUUUAUUUGAAAGGGUGUUCAGAGAUUCUAUUCCAAUUAUGAUAGUUGAUGAUAAAACAGAUGAAAGCUUUAAAUCAUCGAACCCCUCUAAAACUAAUUCAAGACUUUCUAGAUAUAACAACCCAAAACAUUUAUGA